GCACCAACCUCCUCCUCCUCUCUGUGGAGCUGCUCCUCUGGCUGACUUUUCACAGUCCGGUGCCCCGACAGGACUCAGCGGUCAUGGCCGGCAGUCUGACCCACCACGGCUCCCCGAACCCGGGAUACAGCUCCAACAACGCGGUCCCGGUGCCGGUCAUCACCCAGACGGACUCCAGGGACAAAUGGAGCAAAAAGAUGGAUUUUCUCUUAUCUGUCAUUGGUUUUGCGGUGGACCUGGGGAAUGUUUGGAGGUUUCCGUACAUAUGUUACCAAAACGGAGGCGGUGCUUUCCUUAUUCCCUACAUAUUGAUGGCCAUCUUCGGUGGCGUGCCGCUCUUUUACAUGGAGCUGGCACUGGGGCAGUUCCACAGAACUGGAGCCAUAUCCAUAUGGAAACACAUCUGUCCUAUUUUCAAAGGUAUAGGAUACGCCAUAUGUAUCAUCGCUCUGUACGUGUCCUUCUACUACAACACCAUCAUCGCCUGGGCCCUCUUCUAUUUCUACUCCUCCUUCUCCAGCAUUCUGCCCUGGACAAACUGUGACAACGUGUGGAAUACCCCCAACUGCACCAACUAUUUUGGCAUGGACAACGUCACCUGGACGAAUUCCUCCAGAUCUCCGGCAGAGGAAUUUUACACGAGAAAUGUUCUGGAGAUCCACAAGUCAUCGGGGCUGAGAGACGUCGGGGGUGUUCGCUGGCAGCUGAUGCUCUGCCUUUUCCUCAUUUUCACCAUAGUGUAUUUUAGCCUCUGGAAAGGGGUGAAGACUUCAGGGAAGGUAGUGUGGGUGACCGCCACCUUGCCCUACAUUGUGCUUUUCAUCCUGCUAAUUCGAGGCGCCACUCUGCCCGGAGCCUGGAGAGGUGUGGUGUUUUACCUCAAACCCCAGUGGGAUAAACUGCUGGAGACCAGUGUUUGGGUGGAUGCUGCUGCUCAGAUCUUCUUCUCUCUUGGGCCAGGGUUUGGGGUCCUCCUGGCUCUCUCCAGCUACAACCCCUUCACUAAUAACUGCUAUCGUGACGCCAUUGUGACCAGUCUGGUAAACUGUCUGACUAGCUUCGUGUCGGGGUUCGUAAUCUUCACGGUGCUCGGAUACAUGGCAGAGAUGAGGAAGGUAGAGGUUGAGGAUGUUGCCAGAGAUAAAGGUCCGAGUUUACUCUUCAUCACGUACCCAGAGGCCAUUGCAAACAUGAUGGGCUCGACCUUCUUUGCAAUCAUCUUCUUUGUGAUGAUGAUCACGCUGGGUCUGGACAGCACGUUUGGAGGGCUGGAGGCGAUCAUCACUGCUGUAUUGGAUGAAUACCCCGAUCAUUUCUCUCACAGACGGGAACUUUUUGUCCUGGGCUUGGUAGUUGUUUGUUUUUUGGGCUCUCUGAGCACCCUCACAAAUGGUGGAGCCUAUGUGGUGAAGCUGCUGGAGGAGUUUGGAGUCGGAAGCUCCAUUAUUGCAGUGGGUUUCCUUGAGGCCAUCGCAGUUUCUUGGUUCUAUGGUAUCAAAAGAUUUAGCAGUGAUGUUCAGGCUAUGCUGGGCACAGCUCCAGGAUUGUUCUGGAAAGUGUGUUGGGUUGCCAUCAGUCCAGCAUUCCUGGCGUAUAUCAUAGUGAGCUCCAUGCUGAAAGCGCCGUCCCUCACGCUGUUUGACUAUAAGUAUCCAGACUGGAGCAUCACUGUCGGGUACAUCAUCGGCUUCUCAUCUUUCAUGUGGAUCCCCAUCUACAUGGUCUACAAGUUGGUGUGGACCCCUGGGUCUCUGAAACAGAGGUUGGCGGUGUGUGUGAGACCAGAGAGAACCAUCCCAGACAUCCACGCCGACAACCUCAACAUGGCUACAGUCCCAUAGGAAGAAAAACACCUUCAUCUGCUUGUAGAUUCCCAUUCAAGCCACACUCUUUAAAUUAUUUGUGACCAAACCUGAUCGGACAUCAUGACCUGCUUAUGAUGUGUACACUGUAAAAACUUAAAUGCUGCUAAAUUUGUAAUUCUAAGGGGAACUGAGAUAGCAAUAUUCAUAUCUUUGCCAUAUGUGUAACGUCUGUGUGACUCAGACCUGCACUGCCAAGAUAGUUUAUAGCUUUCACAUAUUGCCAUUUUCAAGUGUUGCUUUUGUGUGGUUGUAGGAGUCAGUAGUAAAUUGAAUGGUCUGUCUGUAUUGACCUUACAAGAACACGAUGCCAAGGAAAAUAAAAACAUGUAUUUCUAAAUGUAAAAUUCAGCACAUCAUUUCUAUUGCAUGGGAACAUGUCCUCUUAAGUUCUGUAUUUUCGGUACUUUGUGAAGGUUUGAUUAAAUCAGCUCUGCAUGUUCAGAUGUACUAACAGUGGCUGCACCAGUGCUGCAGCGGUGAGGUUAUCAUUGUUUUUUUUGUUUUUUUUUUACUGCUUAACUAAUUACAGGAGCAGCGUAUUAUGAGGUGAAAUGGGACCAAACCAGCUGAAAUUACAAUCCUAGUCAAUGCUGUAGUUCGUACUGACACAGUAAAUCUGUAACGCAGUGCUUGUAUAGGAUGCUGCUGGAUAUAUCUACAAAAAAAUGUUCUGUUUUUCCCUACAAGUGUUUGUAAUGGAGGUAAGUGAGGCACACAGACAAAGACUACUUGAAAACUAUAUUUAUAGUUUUAUAGACUGUGUUGUUUCAUAAAGUGGAUGCUUUGUACAUGUGUGUGUAACCAACAUUUUCAAUGCAACCUUAACUAGGCUUUGUGCAGCUGUUUGUGUAUUACUUUAGUUUUUCAAAUUCAAAAUGUCAUUUUUGGUUUUCAUCUUAUGUCUUCAUUUAACUCCACACAGCUUUGCCUUAAUUUGAAUAAAUAUUACACUGUAUGUACAAAUAUUGUAAAGGCUGUAUUGAUUAUUUAUUGGUAUUGUGCCUCUCCAGAUAAUGUUUUCACUCUCUAAUUGAAGACUGUUUUUUUUAACCACUGAUCAAAUGAGCAGCAUAUUAUGAGGUUAAAUGGAACCAAAUCAGUUGAAAUUACAAUCCUUUAUUUAUUUUAGUCGAUGCUGUAUUGAAUGUUGUUGCAGAUAUACAGUAUAUUAUGUGGUAGCUAAUCUAAAAAGCUGUAUGCUUCAUUUAUAUUCUUAGAGUAAUGUGAUGAGCAAAGUGAUGAUGAUUGUUGUGUGAUUUCAGGCCUCUCCAAUGUGCUUUCUG